CAUACACGGACGCACUUCACUCCGCGAAACCGGUGUUAUUGAUUCACUACUACUUUCUUUUUAAAAAAAAUAAUUCGAAAUGUCAUCUUCUUUUCCCGUUGGCUUGAUUUUCCGUCAGUUGUUUGAACGUAAUUCUAGCACAUAUACGUAUAUGUUAGCUGAUGACGAGUCGAAGGAAGCCGUGCUUAUUGACCCAGUAUUGGAGACAGUAGACAGAGAUAUACAAGUAAUCAAAGAACUCGGACUUACACUUAUAUAUGGAGUGAAUACGCAUGCACAUGCAGAUCACGUGACGGGCACUGGGGAAUUGAAAAAGAAAGUGUCAUCAUGCCGUAGUGUGAUAUCCAGACAUUCUGGCGCCAGUGCUGAUGUUUUAACUGUGGAAGGGGACUGCAUUAAGUUUGGAAAAUUUGCAUUAAAGGUAUUAUCGACUCCAGGUCACACUGAUGGAUGUCAGACCUACGUACUGGAUAACAAUGGUAAACCCGUUAUGGCAUUCACUGGAGAUGCAUUAUUAAUUAGAGGAUGUGGUAGAACUGACUUCCAACAAGGCGAUGCUGCUCUGUUAUAUGAUGGAGUCCGUGGUAAAAUACUAUCAUUACCACCAACUACGUUACUUUACCCAGGACAUGACUACACAGGUAGAACAGUAACAACCGUUGACGAAGAACUAAAAUACAACCGAAGAUUGACGAAAAGCAAAGAAGAAUUUAUUGACAUUAUGAAAAAUUUGAAUUUAGAUCCGCCUAAACAAAUCGAUCGAUCAGUACCCGCCAAUCUGAAAUGUGGCGUCUUUGACACUCCGGAAGUACAAAAAUAAACAGAAUAGAACACAUAUUAAGAAUAACGGUUACUCGUUUUCUUACAUCUGCAAUGAAACGAACACAGCGCUUCUAUAUCAACUUGAGUAGCGAUAUUUGUUUAAUAUUUUGAAAUAACUAAUUCGGGAAAUCAAUAUUUCAAAUUUACUAUUAAUAUAUAAUUUAUCAGACUAGCCCCUGGACAAUAACACUUUAAAACAGUCACAUUCAGGUUGUUACGUAUGCCAUGUAUUGAUGUUAGGAUAGGUAAUUUAGAUGGUUGCCUUAGCAGCAACUUCAGCAUUAUUAUUAAUCAAAUACUUGUAUUAUCCAGUUUUUCAAAUAAACAGAUAGGCGUUAUAUUUGUUUUGCUUAUUUUCAAGAAAAACAAUAUUUUGUGAGAUCAAAGUUUGCCUCGUAAUGUCCUCACAUGUCAUUCAUAUAACCCUUUGUGAUAUAAAUAUAAUUUAUAAUUGUUUAAUAAAUAUAAAUAAA